AUGUAUGGAAAAAAUAAAAAUCUUAAUGCUCCAUCAGAUAUUCAUGCAAAAGAAAAAUUAAAUCUUUAUGUUUAUGAAUAUCUGUAUCAUAUUGGUGCAGCAAAAGCUGCUCAAGGAUUUUGUGCGGAUAUGAAAUGGGAACCAAAUAAAAUGUCACUUGGUGAACCACCUGGUUUUUUACUUAGUUGGUGGUGUGUUUUUUGGGAUUUAUAUAGUGCUGCACCAGAACGUCGAGAUCAACAUCCACAUUCAGAAGAAGCAAAAGCUUUUCAUGAUUAUGGAUUUAUUAAUUCAAAUGGCAUGCCUCCUCAACCUAAUACAAAUCCAAAUGGUCCACCACCAAUGCCAAUGAAUGUAAAUGAAGGCAUGCAUAAUCCAAAUGUUUCAUUUUUUCCUCCAUCGGGACAACCAAUGAUAAAUCAGUAUCCACGUUAUCCAAGUGCUCCACCACGUUCACUUGUUCGAAUGCCACCACAACCUGAUUAUCCCGGUGGACCAGUUAUGCCACCACAAAUGGAUAGUGGUCGAAAUGGUUUACGAAUGACAUCUCCAGGUGCUCGAAUGCCAUCAAAUCCAAUUGGUCAUCCGGGUCCUGGUGGACAAUUACCGAAUCCAUAUCGACCUCAAGUUAUGUCACCAUCAAUCAAUCAACCUGGACCAAGAAUGCAUAUUACAAAUUCACCAGGAGUUGGUUAUUCUUCAUCAUCACCUAUUCCUUAUGGAAAUCCUUGUCCAACAGGUCAUGCACCAACAACACCAACAAUGAUGCCAAGUCCACAAGAUUCAAAUAGUGGAGAAAUGCAACCCUAUAGUAUGCGAAAUAUACCGACCAGUAUGGGCCAUGGACCAAAUCCUAUGUAUCAUGAUCCACAUCUAACACAUAUGCCACCUGAUAUGACACAUCAUGGUGAUUAUGAUCAACAAAUGAAACAAUCACCUAAUCAACAACAACAAACUCAACCACCACCACCACCACCACAACCACCUGAUGUAACAAAUUAUAAUUAUACAGAAGAUCCAAGUAAUGAUACAAAUGCUAUAUUAAAAUUAAAAGAAUCCAUGCAAGAAGAAGUUAAAAAAUUUGAUAAAACACCGAAUAGUUCACAUAAUGAUGAUUAUAAUCAUUUUGGUUCACUUGGAUAA